AAUAGCAUAACGACUGUCUACUAAUGCUAAUGGUGAACAUAUCUUAAAAAUCCAGAUCAAUCCUUAAACCACAAAAAAUCAAUUUCGUAACAGUGACCACGGUAAUUUAAUAACAUUAUAAUUUAAUAUUUAAUUCCCAUGCUACGAAGCAGUGCCAGUUAACCUACACUCCAGUGCAAAGAAUUAAGUACUUAUAUUCAGCUCCACUUUUUAUUUGAAGGAAUUAAACAAAUUUAAAAUCAAAACGCAAGACAAGCAUAUUCCUAGUAACGUAAUAGCAGAAAAGUAAUAUAAAACCGCACUUCCAGCCGUAUUACACUAUAUUUUCUAACAAGUUUACGUAUCACCUUCAAUCUCAUCACACAGGAUUCUUUUAAAGUUCUUAAUUCAUGGUUUUAAGUCUAGUAGUCUAAGCCAUGUGAUGCACUGUUCAAAUGUAACGUUGUUGGUUGCGGUGCUGAUUGUGUGCUCAGUUGUUUUCAAAUUUACUCUGAGAAUUUCUAGAACGAUGAUUAAAGCUGAUUUACGAUACAUGUAUCAGUAAUGGUUUGUUGUUAGUAUUUGCUUUGCUUUCCGUUAUGAAGCCAAAAUUUCCCAAGGUGAUGGAGGCACUGACCAGUAGCCGGGCGCUGGAUGAAGCGAUCAAUGAGGGUUCUUCUGUCUCGUACAAAAACCUCCCCAAAUCCUCACUACCUCAUUCCAAAAAGACCCAUAUAUAUGAGGGUAUUGACAUUCAUGCCAUUACUCGAGACAUCCUCGCUCUGCCUCGCUCUUCAUACUCGAAGGAAUUAAAUAACAGCAGGCAGUAUUCAGUGAGCAUGAAACUGAUUACCCAGCCCCCAUCUGAAGCAGAAGCUAGAUCGAAAAAAAGCUCAGAGAGCGCACCAGUUGACCCGGGAUUUAAAGUGAGUGCUAAGUACAGACAGUUUAUUGAGAGUAAGAAUAAAUCCGACAGUUUUGGCAGACUGCCAAAUCUGUCUCCCCGAUCUGUGGAAAUACCAACAAAUUAUAACAACUUCUUUUCUUCUGAAUUUGAACGGAGCAGACUGCAGACAAGUAAUGGACAGAAGGUCUGCUCUAACAAAUACAAUGGAACACCACCCGUAAUAAGAUGUUCAGAAGACCUGAAAGAUUAUGUACCUCCUGAAACCUACCCUACCAUUGAGAAACUCAUUCUUCAUAUAAACGAUGUAAAACGAAUGAUGGGUAGAAAAAACGGAGCUGGUUCAAAGAAGGUUCAGAAAAGGAAUUUCAGUAGAAAGGCGCGAUCAGAAACUCUAGGGUUAGCCACCAGGCCCACGAGUGUCACUCCGUCACAGUGCAAAAGUUUGGGAUUCUCACGGCACAAGUCAGUUCUAGAUCAUUAUCCCGAGUUAGCUGUCGGACGAGAUAUUCUAGGAUUUUCGAGAAACUGGCCUCGAGAAGGAAUAAAGCGAUCAGUCACCCCAAAUGAUAUGACGAAUUCAACACUGCCAUUAAUCGACAUAAAUCCUCCGAGAUAAGGUGAAUAAGAUCAAGAUUAUUUCAGAACAAGUGUUAAGCAAAUGUUAAUUUAGAAAUGUGAUGCUUUGUAAUAACAAUCUUCACGUUAAAUAGAUGAUAGAGGACUCGACAGUUCAUCAAUGCAAAACUUGAAUUACAGAACUCAGAUUUAAAAUAGAAAUAAUUGAGAAGCAAGACGGUUAGUUAUUUU